GUUCUUCCCCAGAGGCCAAAAAUCUCUGCAUCUCGCAGACUGUUUCUGAAGACCAAAAUGAUCAAGAAGGCCAUGGUGAUGCUGGAGAACGACAAGCAAAUAAGAAGGGAUGAGCGAGAGAGAACCCUGUCUGAGAGAGUCCCUGCAUUGGAGAUGUCUGGCAUGUCAGCGCAAGAUCUGCAGAAUCUUUGCAAAGAGCUCCACCAGAAGAUCGAUGUUGUGGACGAGGAACGUUAUGACAUCGCUUCAAAGGUGGCCAAAAGCGACAUUGAGGUGCGCGACCUGUCUCAGAAGAUCUAUGAGCUGAAGGGUAAGAUGAAGAGGCCCAACCUGAAGAGAGUGAGGGUGUCUGCAGACGCCAUGCUGGGUGCACUGCUGGGCUCCAAGGUAAAGGAGUCCGUGGACUUCAAAGCCAACCUGAAGACUGUGAAGAAGGAGGAGGAGAAGAAAGAGGAAGUGACUGACUGGCGUAAGAACGUGGACGCCAUGUCGGGUAUGGAGGGCAGGAAGAAGCUGUUUGACGCCGGCCAGUAGACUCUUGGGUUUAACGUCUCGGCCAAUACAUUUGCAGAUCGACAUGAUGAGUCAGAGGACUAUCGUUAAAAUGAUAAAGAACAGAUACAUUCAUGUAUAACCAUUUUCAAUGGGAGGCAUCCAUUAUGACACGCUAUAGCUACAUAGGGUACAAUACAGUAGGGUAACAUUUGAAUAUUGUCAUAUAAGAUGUCCAGUCAAGUAGUUACACAUGCAACACACAUCUAAGUACAAUAUUUACGAGUCCUGCCUAUGAUA